CAUCAAGCCCAAUCCGCCUCACCGUCUGCGGGAGCAAGUGGUGGAGGUGCUGUUUCUCCUGUUCCCUUACGACAAGGAGAAGUAGAAGCGAAAUUAGCCAAGUGUGCUGAGACGUUUGUGGGAGAAGUGUGCAACGAGAGUUUUCCGAAUAGCUUCCGCCAUAUGGCUUUUGAGCCCCCGCCUUUAUGCACCCGCUUGUAUGACGAGCUUGGGCGUUACUAUGUUCAUGGUGGACGUGGACGUGGUGCCGAGAUCAUGUGGAGAAAUCAUUGGGAUGUAAAUGUACCGGAAACGGCAUGGCGAAGUCGAGGACUUGGUUUUGUCAAUCUGGUGGAUCAACAGGACGAGCAUAAUACUAAGCACUUGAAUUAGCAGAGAAGGUC